GCAGCGACUCAUUGGUUCCUUGUAGAGAGAGGAGCUGCACCUUCACUCACCAGAUGCGAGCUCAGCUUAUCCCCUCCCUUCCAAUUCGGCAAUUCUAUUCUGCUUCCAAUGCCAUGACCAAACAUGGCUUCUUCCUUGCCAAGCUGCUCUUUCUACUGCAACUCUCCACUAUUGUCUAGACCCACCUACUGCAAUCGAUUCUCUUCAUGUUCUUCUCUCACCUUCCUUGCUGGGUGCAACGGAAUUUCACUGCAUAGAACUCCCUCUACCUCCAAAACUUGUGCUAAGUUUGAGAAAUUCCAAGGGGAAUCUCCUCUGGACAAUAUUGAAUGCAACACUUCAUCUUCUUCAGAGUCACAACAGCUACACCAAACAAUACGUGAAGAAGAAGAAGAAGAAGAAGAAGAAGAAGAAGAAGAAGAAGAGGAAGAUGACAGCUGCUUGCCUUCUGACUUGGAGGGUGCAGUCCGGCAAUCUGGUCAAGCAAGUGCCUCUUUUGUGUCUUCAGGAGGAAUGAGAGCUAUAGUUGAGCUCCUAAUCCCACAGUUGCAGUUUCUUGAUGAAGAAGGUGCCCAAAGUGAGCUUUGGGAACUAUCAAGGAUUUUCUUGGAUACAGUUAUUGAAGAAACAGGAUGUCAGAGAGUGAAAGCUAUAUUUCCAGAUGCUGGUGCAACUGCACUUCUUAAAUAUCGAUGGAAAGAUGCUUCUUUUGGAUUUUCCAGCUUAAGUGACCGGAAACCUGUUGAGAGUGAAGAUGAAAUGGUGGUUAUGAUUGUUCCUGAUUAUCAGAUGCUGGAUUAUGUACAGCGAAUAGCAUCUGACCUCUCUGAUGACCCGCCAAGGCCUCUUGUUAUGUGGAACCCACGUCUAGUUAGUGAAGAUGUUGGUGUUGGAUUCAAUGUUCGGAAGUUAAGGCGGUACUUUUUAAGUACAUUCACAACAGUUUACUCAAUGAGACCAUUGCAGUCUGGUGCUGUAUUUAGAUGUUAUCCUGGACUCUGGAAGGUGUUCUAUGACGAUAAGGAUAGGCCAAAUCGAUAUUUGCUUGCCAAAGAACUAAUAAGUCGCCCUGAUGCAGAAGAUCUUGAGAUGAUACUUGGGGUGGCAGACGACAACACAGAAAAGGGACCAUCUUUGUUUAGUAAAGCAGCAGGCAUCUUCUCCUCACUAAAUAGAUUCAUGAAUGUCAUAUCAAAAUGAUGUUCCUCUGCAUCUGUAUGAUGAGUGGACUAAAUCUCCAAAUUUGGUCAAGUUCUUUUUUAAGGUCUGCUUACUCGAGUUGUGAUUAUUUGUCAAAAAAGCAACUUAAAACUUCCCAUUGAAAAGUGUAAAAAUAUUGAAGUAGCUUAGUAGUUGUAUUAUCUAUUUCCAUUGAAAAUGAAAAUAUUAAUUUAUUCUCUCU